CACGCUUCUUCGUGCCGUGCGUAUGUGGUUAACUCCGCUAGCUAAGGAAGUCAUUUGAAUUGUUCACAUUGUGUCAGUGGAUUGUUGGUUUGGGGACGAGUGAUCGUUGCAACCUUGAUUAAUUCAUUACACGGUUAGACUUUACGAGCCAAGGGCAUUAUAUUCAGAAUGAUAUGAAGAAGGAAAGACCGUGACAGAGGUAAUUUGAGGAUAAGAGUAGUCCCGGUGAACACAGGAAUAUCUAGCCAAAUGCCUUCAGCUACUGGUCAUAUAUGAGAAUAUAUUCAAUCAUCAAGCAAUAUCGGGAACAUCAAAGGCGGGACCAACCCAAUAGGGCAGCAGAAAGGUGGGGCUACUCUGCCCAGUAAUGAAGAAUGUGGAAUCAGAGAUGUAUGGGGGCACAAUUUGGAAGAGGAAUUUCGCACAAUCCGUCAAGUCGUGCAACAAUAUCAGUAUGUUGCGAUGGACACAGAAUUUCCUGGUGUUGUAGCUAGGCCUAUUGGUGAAUUUAGGACUAACGCCGAUUACCAAUAUCAGCUCUUACGUUGCAAUGUAGAUCUUUUACGGAUAAUUCAGCUUGGUCUUACAUUCCUUGACGAUUCGGGGAAUACACCGGGUGGCUAUACAACCUGGCAGUUUAAUUUUAAAUUUAAUUUACAUGAAGACAUGUAUGCACAGGAUAGUAUAGAUAUGCUACAAAAUAGCGGCAUACAGUUCAAGAAACAUGAGGAGGAAGGUAUCGACCCUUUAGAAUUUGCUGAACUUUUGAUGACAUCAGGGAUUGUUCUUGUUGAUGACGUUAAAUGGCUAUCCUUUCAUUCUGGUUACGAUUUUGGUUACUUAUUAAAACUUCUCACGGAUCAGAAGUUGCCACAGGAAGAAAGCGAAUUUUUUGAACUUCUUAGGAUAUACUUUCCGAAGAUAUAUGAUGUAAAAUACUUAAUGAAGUCGUGCAAAAACUUAAAAGGUGGCUUACAAGAAGUGGCAGAACAACUAGAAAUUCAAAGAGUAGGUCCUCAACAUCAGGCGGGUUCCGAUGCUCUUCUCACUGGCAUGGUCUUUUUUAAAAUGAGAGAAAUGUUUUUCGAGGAUAAUAUUGAUGAUGCGAAAUAUUGCGGGCACUUAUAUGGUUUGGGAACGUCAUUCGUCGUAAAUGGGUCUGCUGGUGGAUAUUUGGACGCAAAUGGAGAUAAUACCUCAACUGCGUAAUGUUAAAGAAAAUCGUAAAAGAGAGAGAGAGAGAGAGAGAGGGAGAGAGAAAGAAAGAGAGAGAGGGGGUGGGAGAAAAAAGAGAGAGAGAGAGAGAGAAAGAUUAUUUCAUUACAAUAAAAUGUUAUAAAAAAAUCCUUUCACUUAGUGAUCAAGUAUAUGGUUUAUAUUUGCAAUAUUAUAUCGACAUUAUUGCCGUAGGUCUCACAUGAGACACAAUUUAGGCAUAUCUCUUUCAGAUCUACGUCCACAUUUUUUCUGUUUUAUUCUUUUGGAUCCACUCCUUUUGUAGAUUUCUUCUGUGAUACGUACCACCAAUCGAAAAUAUAUUUGCAACGUCGAACAACAUUAAAAACAAAUGUAAUAUAAUUUUUGUUUGUAAAAUUUGGACAAUAUUGAUAUACAAGAUA